AUGCCGGCUGGGAACCGAGGACGUGACGGGGAGGAGCCAGGCCGCCCGCUCCCCGCGCUCAGGGCCCGGCCGCCGCCAUGGCGGAGCCCACGGUGUGCUCCUUCCUCACCAAGGUGCUGUGCGCCAACGGCGGCCGCAUGUUCCUGCAGGACCUGCGCGGCCACGUGGAGCUGUCGGAGGCCAAGCUGCGGGACGUGCUGCAGCGGGCCGGGCCCGACCGCUUCCUGCUGCAGGAGGUGGAGAUGAAGGAGGGCCUCUGGGACGCCGAGGCCGAGGUGGCGGCCGGCGCGGGCGGCGCGGGCGGGAGCGGGGGCGCGGCGGCCUGCAGGGUGGUGGCCGUGUCCUCCGCGCGCCUCUGCGCCCGCUACCAGCGCGGCGAGUGCCGGGCCUGCGACCAGCUGCACCUCUGCCGCCGGCACAUGCUGGGCAAGUGCCCGCACCGGGACUGCUGGUCUACCUGUACCCUCUCCCAUGAUAUCCACAUGCCUGUCAACAUCCAAGUGCUGAAAAACCAGGGACUUUUUGGCCUUAAUGAAGCCCAGCUUCGGAUCUUGCUUUUGCAGAAUGACCCCUGCCUUUUACCAGAGGUCUGUUUGCUCUACAACAAAGGCGAAGCCCUCUAUGGGUACUGCAACCUCAAGGAUAAAUGCAACAAGUUUCACGUGUGCAAAGCCUUUGUCAGGGGAGAGUGCAAACUUCAGACCUGCAAACGAUCCCAUCAGCUCAUUCAUGCUACAGCCUUGAAGUUGCUGCAGGACCAAGGACUGAAUAUCCCAAGUGUUGUUAAUUUUCAGAUAAUCGCUACCUACAAGCAUAUGAAGUUGCACAAGAUGCUUGAAAAUAAAGAUAACUCGGCGUCUGCAACUGAGCACUCACAGAGCCUUGAGAAACCAGGUGCACACGCAGCCGGGGCUGCAGAUGCCAGCCCUCUGGCUUCUGCCCCUGCUCAGGCAGCCAAGAAGCCCUGCCCAGGUAAACCUUAAAGAGGGUUAGUGAACUAAGAAGAAGCUUGUCCAGCUUGGAAGAUCUGAAAACAAGACUUCUUUUGAGCUUUAAUAACCAUUCAUUGUAACCAUUCAUUCCUUUAAUCAUUUAUUCAUAAUGGUCAUAAUAAUAUCUACCUCACAGUGUGUUGUGAGAAGAAGAGAUGGGAAGAGAACAAAUGUCAGGCUUGGAGGAUAACGUUGGGGUUGAGGUUGGACCUUGAGCUGGCAAAGGGAGGGGAAAGCUGAGUGCAGAUGGGGUCAGUCCAGGACAAGUCCCGGACAUGGCAGCUUCCACCUGCAGUUCUGAGCGCUUGCCCCAGACUGGGUGGAUAGAGCUUUUCAGGGGAGUUUUUCCUGACUUCUGUGGUCCAGCCAGUGGUUUUCUAUAUGCCCAUAAAUACAGUUUACAUAGUGGUAAUCUAGAGAAUGUACACUUUUUACGCAUUUUUUUUACUUAAUGUUUCAUAAGCAUCUUUCCAUAUUUAUUCACAUUAUCAUAUAUAAUCAUUUUUUUGCACAGAUACAUUAAUAUAUCAUAGUAUAUUUAACUACUUAUUCUGGGAUAUUUCAGUUCUUUCUAACAAAGUUUGAAUAUAAUUCAUUUCUUAAAAUCUGUACAAUAUUGAAUUUUUAAAGCUAUUCUUUACGUUUGCUCAGCUUAUAGGUGCUAAAUGAUACUGUCUUCUGCGUUUUUUAAAAAUACAUAUGUGAGCGAGUAAUUUUCUGUGUAUCUGCUUUCCGUAUGUCUUUGUCAUUUUAUACAUGGCCUUUUAUUAAUGGGGACCUUCUGUAUGCAGAUGUGGGUGGCCUUUAAUGAGGCUCCUUAAUUUUCAUAAGAGGAUAUCAGCCAUACUGUGCUCAGAGGAUAUCCAAUUUCUGUAGAUCCAGCUCAGCUGACACAGCAGAGCAUAUAACCUUUGGGUUCUCACCAGAGAUUUCUACCUCACUCUGUCUACUUUUCAUCUCUCA